GGUUUGUUGACUGACUUGGGGUUUUGGCUGCGCACGCAGUAGCUGCCACUGAUAAAUUAGCUAGCUUGUCAGAGUUAAAGGCAUUCAGUAAAAGAUGUCAAUAAUGUAACUAUCGCUGUAGCCACAGUUUCUGGCUCAAGAAGAUGAUUGCCUGCAGACGAAUUCCGUGUUAUCGGACCAAUUUGUAACCUAGCACGACGUGGUUUUAGCUAGCAUUAGCUUAAGUUAUUAGAUUGACAAGAUAAAUUACACGUCUAAAGUUCCUCCGGAGUACGAUGGGUAACGCUAGGCUGACCAGAGGUAGUUUAUGUAGCAGGUUAGCCAGCUGAGUGUGACAUGGAAAUAAGAAUAUUUCCAGAUGGAUUUCUGCCAUAAAAUAAAUUGCUUAUUUUGGCCUGUAGUCUGAGUACUGCUUUUAAAGAACCAGCAGUGAAGCAGCAGUGUCUGGCCGUAGCUGUCAAACUCUUGCUCGUCCUGGCUGCAGCGCUGGCCUAGGAAGCUAGCAGCAAGCUAACUAGCUGUACGCCUGGCUCAUCUACCAAAGUCAGGUGUUGUUGAUGGCCUCCCUGCCAGCCAUGGAUACUGUGACUGACACAUGCCCUGCAGUGCACCAAAAUGGGAACGCCCAUCGGGAAUCUCCAGACACAAGGCCAGCCGCUGCUGUUAUGAAGCUUCAUUUCUACCACAGCAGCCAAGGAGCGGCCGACUGCAGCUUCCUCAGCUACCCACCUGGGGACUAUGUGGCUGAGGAGCUUUGUAUAGAUGCAGCUAAGGCAUGCAGUAUAUCACCUCUGUACUGCAACCUUUUUGCUCUCUUUCGAGAGCGAGACCGCUUGUGGUUUUCACCCAACCACAUCUUCCAGAUUGACGAACUGGCUUCUGAAGAUGUGUUCUUCAGAAUAAGGUACUACUUCCCUGGCUGGUACAGUGGUGGGGCAUCCCGAGCAUAUCGAUUUGGGGCCGCCAAGGGGUCAGAAAGCCCUGUCCUUGAUGACUUUGUAAUGUCUUACCUCUUUUCUCAGUGGAGGAAUGACUUUGUCAAUGGCUUAGUGAAGAUCCCCAACUCCCAUGAGACUCAGGAAGAGUGCCUCGGUAUGGCUGUACUCGAUAUGACAAGGACAGCCAAGGAGAGACAGAUAUCACCGCUGGAUAUCUACCACACAAUAAGCUACAAGUCCUUCUUGCCAAAGGACAUGAGAGCUUGGAUCCAGGACUGCAACUUCUUGACACGCAAACGAAUCCGAUUUCGCUUUAAGCGCUUCAUCCAACAGUUCAGUCAGUGUCGGACCACAGCGCGCGACCUCAAGCUCAAGUACCUCAUCAGCAUGGAGUCCCUGGAGAAGGCCUUCUACACAGAGACAUUCCAGGUCAGGGAACUGUCCAGCGGACAGCUCAUUAUCCUGGUGGCAGCGGACAGUGGCAUCCAGUGGUGUCGAGAGAAACUGAAAGAUUCUGACCAGGAGCUGCAGACCUUGUGUGACUUCCCUGAUGUCACCGACAUCAGCAUCAAACAGGCCAGCAGGGAGGGUGCUACAGAGAGUCGGGUGGUCACCAUCAACAAACAAGAUGGCAAGAAUCUGGAGCUGGAGUUCCCCAGCCUGUCUGAAGCCCUCUCCUUUGUGUCCCUCAUUGAUGGCUACUAUCGACUGACAUCAGAUGCACAUCACUACCUUUGUAAAGAAGUGGCUCCUCCUAGGCUUGUGGAGGCUAUUGCUUCCCAUUGCCAUGGCCCCAUCUCAAUGGAGUUUGCCAUUAACCGGCUUCAGAGGUGUGGGAACAAGCGAGGGUUGUACAUUUUGAGAUGUAGCCCUAAAGACUUCAACAAGUAUUUUCUGACUUUCCCUGUUGAGGUGUAUGCUGCUGUAGAAUACAAGCACUGCCAGAUAACCAGGUCUGCCAGCGGGGAGUUUAACCUUAGUGGAACCAAAAGAAACUUCAGCAGCUUGCAGGAGCUUCUCAGCUGCUACCAAAAGGAAACCGUGCGCUCUGACAGCGUUCUUUUCCAAUUCAGCAAGUGCUGUCCACCUAAAUCCAAAGAAAAGUCCUGCCUCCUCGUGUGCAGGAGCAACAAGGGCUCUGAAGUGCCUCUAUCUCCAUCUCUACAUCGACACAACAUCAGUCAGAUGGUGUUUCACAAGAUCAGGAAAGAAGAUCUGGAAUUUAUGGAGAGUCUAGGCCAAGGGACAUUUACCAAGAUCUUCAAAGGGGUCCGCAAGGAGCUGGGAGAUUAUGGACUUGUGCACCAAACCGAAGUUGUCAUGAAAGUUCUGGACGAAGCCCACAGGAACUACUCUGAGUCUUUCUUUGAAGCUGCCAGCAUGAUGAGCCAGUUGUCCCAUAAGCACCUGAUCCUUAACUAUGGUGUGUGUGUCUGCGGAGAAGAAAAUAUCAUGGUGCAGGAGUAUGUGAAGUUUGGUUCGCUGGACACCUACUUGAAGAAGAACAAGAACUCAAUAAAUAUCCUAUGGAAGCUGGAGGUGGCUAAGCAGCUUGCCUGGGCCAUGAACUUCCUGGAGGAAAAGCAUCUUGUCCACGGGAAUGUAUGUGCGAAAAAUGUUCUUCUUAUCAGAGAGGACGACCGGCGGGCUGGGAACCCCCCCUUCAUCAAACUGAGUGACCCUGGCAUCAGCAUCACGGUCUUACCCAAAGAAAUCCUGAUUGAGAGGAUCCCUUGGGUGUCCCCUGAGUGUGUUGAGGACCCUGACAACCUGAGCAUGGCUGCAGACAAGUGGAGCUUUGGCACCACACUGUGGGAGAUCUGCAGUGGUGGGGAGAAACCUUUAGCAACACUGGACAACUCUAAGAAAACCCUGUUCUACAAUGACCACCACCAGCUUCCUGCACCAAAGUGGACCGAACUAGCUAAUCUGAUUACCAGCUGCAUGGACUACGAGCCCACAUUCAGGCCCACAUUUCGUGCCGUUAUCCGUGACCUCCACAGCCUCUUCACACCAGACUACGAGUUGAUCGUGGACAGUGACAUCCUGCCAAACAGGACCGUGGGCUCCGGUUGGUCCACUGGGGGCUUUGAGAUGCAGGAGCCGGCUCAGUUUGAAGAGAGACACCUCAUAUUCCUACAACAGCUAGGGAAGGGAAACUUUGGCAGUGUGGAGAUGUGUCGAUAUGACCCGCUUCAGGACAACACUGGAGAGGUCGUGGCUGUGAAGAAACUCCAGCACAGCACUGCAGAGCACAUACGAGACUUUGAGCGAGAAAUUGAGAUCCUGAAAUCUCUGCAGCAUGAGAACAUCGUCAAGUACAAAGGCGUUUGCUACAGUGCAGGAAGACGAAAUCUCUGUCUCGUCAUGGAGUAUCUGCCCUUUGGAAGUCUGCGAGAUUACCUCAUGAAAAACAAGGAGAGGAUCGACCACAAGAAGCUUGCGCAUUACAUGUCACAGAUUUGCAAGGGUAUGGAGUACCUGUCAAGUAAGCGUUAUAUCCACAGAGACCUGGCAACACGAAAUAUCCUCGUGGAGAGUGAGCUGAGAGUUAAGAUUGGAGAUUUUGGCCUCACCAAAGUUCUGCCUCAGGAUAAAGAGUACUACAUGGUCAAAGAGCCAGGGGAGAGUCCCAUAUUCUGGUAUGCCCCUGAGUCGUUGACUGAGAGCAAGUUCUCUGUGGCGUCAGAUGUCUGGAGCUUUGGAGUGGUCCUUUAUGAGCUCUUCACCCACAGCGACAAGAACUCCAGCCCUCCUGCAGUUUUUAUGUCCAUGAUGGGAAAUGACAAGCAGGGACAGCUGAUCGUCUAUCACCUCAUUGAGCUCCUCAAAUCGGGCAGCAGGCUGCCUCAACCUCUGGGGUGUCCCACAGAGAUACAUGAGAUCAUGGAGGAGUGCUGGGACGACGACCCCGGCUUGCGUCCUUCUUUCAAGGAGCUCGCCCUGCGCAUCGACCUGUUCAGGGACAGUAAGGAGUUUUAGACAGAAACAUUACCCAAAGUGGUCCUUCUCCUGCUGAGCGCCAGUGUGUGGCAAAGCAACUUGUGACUGGAAGAGUGGUGUUUGGAAACAAGGACCAGCAUAAAGUGAAGGUGCCUUUAGGCAAGGCACUAAACUCCCAUUUAUAUAGUGGAGUGGCAUAGUGGCUAGCAGCAGAAUGGAAAUGGAGACUUUGAUGCAAAGAACUGUUUAGGUGAUGUUGGUUCUGUCCAAAAUGCGUGCGAGAGAGUGUGCGUGCGUGCCUCAGUGAGAGAGUGUGUGUUGUGUCUAUAUAAACGGCUAGCAGGGCUAGCUCUCGCCAUCCCCUUUUCCCUUCACCUGAAGAUAAAUUAUCUAAUAUAGCUGAUUGUUUUCUAUGUAAAUGUGUAUAUACUUACAGUAUAUUUGUGUACAUAUGUCCAGAAUUCUUUUUAUAAUUUUAUAAAAAAGAAAAUAUGGUAAAAUACUAUAUUUGAACUGCUACAUGAUGUCCGUAUAAAUGAAGUACAUACUAAGGUGAUUUUAAAAACCUGUUAUUGUUUUAUGUUUUCAUUGUGAGUGGUGGUGUGAAAAUUAAAGAACAAUUUAAUUAGUGCCAGAGCCCCGACAAUGUCGGUCAGCAAAGGUCCUAUUGAAAUUGGAAGGCAUUCCGCAUAUGUAUCACCUCUAGACUUCAACAAAAACCUCUUGGAGCCAUCUCCUAAACCCAACAGGAAGUCAGCCAUAUUGAAUUUGCUGUGCAAUGUUUGGACAUUUUUGACAAUUUCCAGGGGUUGCACAUAACGUCCUUCUCUUACAGAUUUAACAGGACUGAUUUCAAAAUUGUUCAGUACAAUCUAAAGACCUUGGCAACACUGCAAAGAUUGAGUUUUCAAUUUAUAUCUGUUAAGCAAAUUCUUGUUUUUGCUUUGAAACUCAUUUGAGCUCAUUAUUAUAUUAUCAUUAUUAUACAGUAUAAAUAAAUGUGCUAUUGAAACAGCACACUGUGUACUGUGUGACACCAAAACCUAACUAAGUACAUUUUAUCAAGUACUGUACUCAAGUACAAAUUUGAGGUAUUGAGAAUUUCCAU